AUGGCACAAGGUUCUCAGACAUCCAUUGUGAAGAUUGCCGGCGCGGGGUUCCGGCUGUCACUGCUUCUCAACGCUGCUGCGUGUCAACUGGCUCAGUCCAGAAUAGAAAUCCAUAGCAUCGCCAAGGGAAUCUCGCUCUUUGCUCUCAUUCUCAAAACUGUCGGGCAGAUUAUCGAGGGUACCGAAGUGGAUCAGUCCCCCGAGGCAACAGAAAAGGCUUGGGAGAUCGCUGGACAGGGCCAAAUGAUCUUUAUUGAAAUCGAACACAUGCUGGACAAGCUCAAGGCAACUGAUAGAGACCCUGAUCUUAUGAGAAUACCCCUCCACGAAAGACUCAAGUGGUGUUUCCGGAAGCAGCACGUUACUUAUCUCUUAGCCCAGCUGGAAGCCCUCAAACUCAGCCUGAUUGUGAUGAUGCGAAUUCUGCAGCUUGGAAACGUCAUCAAAUCCAACGUGGACGAUGGGAUUGAUACGGACUCUCUGUCAUCUGCCAUUGAUGAUACCAUUGCCCAGGAGAAAGCGGAGUCUCAGAAUAUGAUCAUCGUCAGGUACUGGUCCGUUAAGCGACUCGAUCGCCUGUGGGAUCUCGUGGAACAGGAAGACCUCGAUGCUGCCAAGGACCUAACAAACCAGAAAAUCAGUUCCAACUACUCGUUCAACACAGCCUCGGCAUCCAAACCACUAGUUACUGCGACUAGAGGCUCGGAUCUGACAAGGCUUCCCAUCGUUACUUUGGGUGACAGUGACUUAGGGCUGAGUGAUAUGGAGAGAUCCCCGAAGGAUAUGGUACAGCUAUCUGAGAGUGCACUGAACCAGCUGCUUUCAGCUUGGGUUCCUCUGGCAGACACUUUGAAACUUCAUCGCGCCAACAAAGACAUGAACACACCCAACAAUUUAGGCCAGGCCCGAGUGUACAUCUGCUCAGAUAACGAAGGAGAUGACAACGAAGAGCUAGACCUUGACGGUCACGAAAUUCGAGGCUACUACCUUGAAGGAAAGACCAAGGAUUGGAGAGAGCCUCAUUCACAAGCAGCCCGACAGCAUGCAGCAGAGUUACGCCGAAGAUAUUCCGGCUACCAGGCUCACGUAGAAAGCGAACCAGAGUCCGAUGAAUACAUCAAGCACCGGGGCAAUCCCCGCAGUGACUCAAGGGUCAUAGACUCUAGCGAUGAGGAGGAGCAAAGAUCUGAUGUUCUUCCGCCCUCUCAUAGCAGUUCAAUGCACGGCCGGCGUGUUCACUCCAACAGCCUCUCAUCCAGGAGCUCUGCAAGCUACAACAAUCCAGAUAGCAGAUCUUAUACAUAUCCUAGCGGCAGCUUUCCACCCCCAGGACAAACUCUUCCCGGUCCUCCGCUUCCAUCACACCCUCAAACGGGUGCGACUCAUGGUCCUCUCCAGCCACCAUACAGAUCCCACCCAAAUCAAGACUACCCCACAGCUCCCCGAUCCAUUCCAAUGAACAUGAAUCAAUCCAGGCACCAAGCCAUCCCGAUCCCCCAUACCGGAUCUUCUCCCAGAGGCCUGUCGCCAAACCAAGUCCACUUCGAGGAUCCUUGGGCCCGAGCCCAAGCAUAUAACACAAACCCCAACAAGCUUCAACCCCGCCCCCAUCCAUCCUCCUACCCAAUCUCUGCUUCAUUCCCCGAGUCGGGCUUCCGAGCCUCGCCGCCUCGUUCGGGCCAACGAUCCCCGUCGUCGUAUUCACACCGUUCCUCCCGUGAUGAUACCAGGGAUAGACAUAAAACAUUGACUCGCAACGCCGGGAAGGGGCUGGCGGGUAUUGGGGCUAUUGCUGGGUUUAUGGAUGCCUUAGAGGCGUUCUCAAUUCUAUGA